AGGUGCUUCCCCUUUUUCCAAAACUGUCAUUGAUUAUGACUUUAAAUGAUAUAGUUUUUACAGUUUCAUAGAGACUUAAAUAGUAUAUUUGCCAUAUAUUUAAGAGGGACAUGUAGACUAAUUAUAUAUAAAUGAUAGCAUUUAGUGAAAUCAUUAAAAAUGCAUUUACAUUUUCGAAUAUUGUUUCUCAAGCAUUUGGUGAGGAAGUGAGGGCAUGGAAUGAAAAAUCUGUUCAAAACGCCCUCAGUUGGGCUCACUACUGCAUGAAGGUCGCAGAAGAGACAAAGGGCUGUAGUUACCGAUCUGAUUUAGAUAGACAUAUUCAGGGUUUGACGAUUUUACUAAACCCUGUAUCCCUAUUGCAUCUUGACCUGAACUUGCUGACCAAGGCACCAUCGAUUCUGACUAAGAUCUUGUUAAAAAAUCCUCACCUCCCUCGGCAUCUAUCUGCUGUGGUUCAAUCCAAUGGGUCUCCAGAAUAUUCCCAGGUUCCCCUAGAUGUCUUACCUGUAUACAGAGUGUUGUGCAGUGAAGAACUAGCCAUACAAGGCUGUGUUAGAGACCAGGGACAGCAUGUUCUGGACAGGCUGGUGUUCUUACAUGGCCUGACAAACUCCUCACACAGAUUUGAGAAGUUUAUUGAUAGACUUAUAGCAGACUUAUCAUCGCUGCCAAAUUGCCAGGACAUCAUCCUGUGCACUCUCCUGGCUGAGGUAAAGAACAACAACGGUUAUGAAGCAGCUGUAAACCUCAAGGAGAGAAUUUCGUCUUUGAUGUUUGAAAAACAUAUGAGUGCCCUGUACUCCUGUGGUGUAACACUAGUGUGUUCAGCUUGUGCCCUGGAUGACCAGUUCUGUACAAAGUAUCUUGAGUUUCUGCAACACUGGGGUGACAGCAUGAAGCCACAAUAUGGCCUGACGCAGGAAGGACAACUGUACUGUUGGAGAUAUGAGCAGACAGACUUGGAGUUAAACCGAAGCUUCAAAAGACUAGCGACUUUGAUUUCUGCGUUGCAAAACAAAAACAAGAAAACAAGAUUAAAAGUUUCUGAGAUGAUGAAGGACAGUUCUAAACGGACCUUUGUUAAUGUUUGGAAAGAUAUGGAACACAAAUGUAUAGCAUGAAUUGACCCGCUUUUUACCCGACGUGUUGGUAUUUGUUCUGAAAUGUUUAUAUUAAUGUAUCGAUGCAUUUUAUAUGUAUAUUAAUUACUGUUUGUUGACGCAUGCUGUGUGUUAUGUGUAAUGUGUUAUGAAGUUUGUUUUGUUUAAGUAUUUCUUAAAUAAAAGUAGAUGCACCCGUUCCCUUGCAAGA